UAAACAAGUAGUCAAACAUAAGUCAACGCACAGACAUAAUCAGUUGGAAUAGUCGCGCCACGAAUUUUGUCGAGUACGCACGCGUUUAGCCACGCAAUCAAGACAACAAAUAACUUUUGCGAAAAUUAAUAAUUAAAACUGAACAGUGCGAUUUUUAUUCUAUACUUUAAAUAAAAAAUUAAAACUCCGUUUUUUGUUGUUGUUAAAUCAAAUUAAGUGAAAAUGGCGAAAGAACCAACAAAGCUGGAAAUCAUUAACGAAUCACCAAAGGAAGCGAGGAAUGUGAAUAAAAUCGACAAUGAACUACUGGAAAUGGUUUUCGGCACCCCGAACUCACAGAACAAUAAUUCCAAAGUGAAUAACCCGCUACACCAUAACAAAUUUCAACCAAUCAGCAAAGCAACUAAUGACCCCGAACAACCAAGUCAGCCACUCCUGGAGCCGAACAAAGAACGGCAGAAACCACCCUUAACCGGACCAGAGAUUGAUGACUUAGGCGACGAUGCGGAGAAGCCAUCAGAUGCAACUCCAUACCAGGGCAUCGACGACGGACUCCUCGAACCAACUGACCCCAAACCCACAGUUCCGGGCGAAGGAACAGAUGAAACCCACAACCCCGAUGACGACGCAGAGGCCACAGCAGAAGACGGGCUCUCGGACGGUAAAUGGCCAUGGCUGUCAGAAGGGGACCAGCCGGAUUAUCCUUAUGAUGGUGUCAAUGGACUGAGCCCUAGGUUCGGAGUCGACGACAGACCCGGCUCUCCGAUUCCUUCAGUCACUCCCGACGUGAACACGUAUCAACAGAAGAAGAAUCUGGCGCAGGGUAUGAUGGACCUCGCGCUGCUGUCCGCUAACGCAAACCAGCUGCGUUACGUACUCGAAUCUCAGACGUCUCACCCGUAUUACUACCCAAGUCUUGCCUUUAUUGGACUAAGCAUCAUUUUACAGAUCGCAGUUGGAGUUGGUUUAAUCCUCAAUAGUCGUUAUGACGUUAACGACAAGAAAGAGAUUUGCAAAGCCGAUAAAAUAAAUAAUAUGACAGUGCUCGGCAUCUUCCUCAUCACGUUCGUGAACGUUUUCAUCGCUUCGUUCAGUGUUUCGAGCUCUGUGACGUCAACAGGCUCUGCGGUGACGCCGCAACAAUUAGCACCAAAUGCUUAGCAGCAAGAAACCUAAUUCGGACUCUAGUCAAAAAUGUGCUCUUACAAAAACUCCGAGAAAAGAUCAAAGAAUCACUAAAGAAACAUGUUAGGUGCCAUUGCUAUGCCGUAUUGGCGCCAAACUAGAUUCUGAAACUAAGCCUUUAAUGACUUUGUACAUCGAAUUACUCGUGUAUUUAAUGGCCUCGAAUGGGUAGAAUUUACUAAACUACACUUAAUUCAAAUUCAGUGAAUUGAAUUGUAAAGAUGAGGAUUACUACAGGAAAUAUAUUAUCUCGUUUAAGUUAAAAACUAAUUUUGUAUACAACUUAUAAGUAAUUUGUCUGUGUUUUUGCCCUCUGUAAAUUCCUGAUUAUGAAUCUCUUAAAUACGCCUUGCUUAUUUAAUGAUAAAACAUAAGUAUGUAAUUAUUUCUUUAUUUCUACUAUUUAUUCAAGAUGAAAGCCAAUCCUCUAAGAUUUAUUGUUGGGUGCUAUUUGGAAAAGUGCUUAUUAUAAAAUGUAUGUAUUUGUGUAUUUAAUACAUAAUAUGUAUACAUAUAGUUAGAAAUAAUAUACUCUUAGAUAAGGUUUGUGGUUGAGCAGUGCCCGAUGUAUUUAUCAAAAAAAUAUAUAUAUAUUAUUGUUUCCUUUUUAACAAUGGUUCUAACGGAAUAAAUAUAAAAAUCAGUUUGUAUAAUUCAUAUUACUUACUUACUAGCAGGUCUGUAGUAAUGAUCAUGUAUAAUUUUAUAUCUCUGUAUAUUUUAAGUAUUGUUCUAACGGUAUAUCGGGAAACCUAACAUAACACCAGUACUACCGAAAGCAGGCGUGUAAGGUAAAAAAAAUGGAAAUUGAAAUGUAACAUUCGUUUUCUAGGUUAAAUAAUUUAAAAAAAUAGUUUUAGUAAGUUAAAAAUUGAAAUACAAUUCAUUUCGUGAACCCGUAAUUCAAACCGAAUGCAGCUGCUGCGGUCGCGGGAGAUCGGAUCGUUAACCCCUUAUAAUUCAUUAAUUUACAUUACUCGUAGUAAAGUUUAGUAUUUAGGGAAAUCAAUCAUCAUCAUCAACUAAUCGUUUUCAGGAACGAUUUUCUUAAACCGAGUCUACAAUAGCACCUAGCCGAGAAGUGUCGAAAGAUUUUUUUUUUCUAUAAAGAUCGCAAUAUUUCUAAGAAAAUCGCUUAUUCAGGCCCAUAGAUUUUUUAAGUACUUUCCAGAAUAAUUGCAAUAAAAUUGCAAUAAAAAAAGCUUUAUUUUCAAUAAAAAGUUGCUAAUACUAACAUUAGCUAUUAUAAAAUGCUGUAGUGACUGUACCUAAUAAAGGCGUCUAGGAAUUUAAAAUUAUCUUAACUUAAAUUUAGUUCUCUGCUCAUUAAUUUUAAUCGUACAUAAACAAAACUUUUUCUCUGAAAUAUGACUGAACGUCUGCUACGAUAAAUGUAUGUAAAUACUUAAUACAUAUAUGUAGUACAGUAAGGGCCGAGUCACACCGGAAUGGCAGCGGCCCCCGGCGUCGCCGCUGGCAGCCUCGCGCGGCCUCCAGACUGCACGCGCCUAGUCUCCUCUGGACUAGUUUCUUCAAUCGGCAAUGAUCGUGUAAUAAAAAUGAAUCCCGCAAAAUUAUAAUUUGUGUAAUUACUGGUUGUAGGAUCUCUUGUGAGUCCGCGCGGGUAGGUACCACCGCCCUGCCUAUUUCUGCCGUGAAGCAGUAAUGCGUUUCGGUUUGAAGGGUGGGGUGGACGAGCUCACAGCUUAUAUAAGCAAUUAAAAAAAACGUGUGUUUAGAGUGAACAUGAUGGAAUUGGUUAUUAUACAUAACGCGGUGCCGCGAGCGGCCUCGUAUCGCCGCUGGCAGAACCACCGACAAGACGCACGUGGCGCGCGGCUGCUCGCUUCACCGCGGGCAGGUGGCGGCAGUGUGCGACCUUUUCUAGCUUUUCAAGCGAUACUGGUCCUUUAAGUAUAUAGAUAAAGCUUAAAAUUAUUUCACACUGAAAGUGCUCGCCGCGACGCUGCCGGCCGCUGCCAUUCCGGUGUGACUCGGCCCUUAGUUAUUAAUACUUGGUGCUUAUUCAUUUUUUCGCUUUUAUUUAUUAAGAUUUCUAUAUUUAUAAGACUGAAAUUUUGUAUGAUUAAACUGUGUGACAAUUUUAUUUUUAUGGUUAUGAAAUACUGUAUAUAUAAUAUGGUGGAUGUUUAUUUCAUAGAUACACAACUCCUACAAAUUUUGAAAAAUACAAAUAAAUCCAUCCGAAUGAAAAAAAA